AACCAACAGUCAGACUGUACUCCACUACGCCCCCUGGUGGCAGCCAUCCCUCCAUGCUGACCUGCUACGCCUUCAGCUUCUACCCUAAAACCAUCAAGGUGAGCUGGCUGAGAGACGGACAGGAGAUCACCUCUGGAGUCACCUCCACUGAGGAGCUGCCAGAUGGAGACUGGUACUACCAGAUCCACUCCAACCUGGAGUACCAGCCCAGGUCUGGAGAGAAGAUCUCCUGUAGGGUGGAACACGCCAGCCUGAAGGAACCUCUGAUCACUGACUGGGAUCCGUCCAUGCCAGAGUCAGAGAGGAACCAGCUGGCCAUCGGAGCUUCAGGUCUGAUCCUGGGUCUGGUUCUGUCUCUGGCUGGAUUCAUCUACUACAAGAGGAAGGCCAGAGGUAGGAUUCUGGUUCCUACCCACUGAUCCUGGAUGGUGGUUCUGAUCCGGUCCAUCAUGUGAUCCUGGUUCCUACCCACUGAUCCUGGAUGGUGGUUCUGAUCCGGUCCAUCAUGUGAUUCUGGUUCCUACCCACUGAUCCUGGAUGGUGGUUCUGAUCCGGUCCAUCAUGUGAUUCUGGUUCCUACCAACUGAUCCUGGAUGGUGGUUCUGAUCCGGUCCAUCAUGUGAUUCUGGUUCCUACCCACUGAUCCUGGAUGGUGGUUCUGAUCCGGUCCAUCAUGUGAUUCUGGUUCCUACCAACUGAUCCUGGAUGGUGGUUCUGAUCCGGUCCAUCAUGUGAUUCUGGUUCCUACCCACUGAUCCUGGAUGGUGGUUCUGAUCCGGUCCAUCAUGUGAUCCUGGUUCCUACCCACUGAUCCUGGAUGGUGGUUCUGAUCCGGUCCAUCAUGUGAUUCUGGUUCCUACCCACUGAUCCUGGAUGGUGGUUCUGAUCCGGUCCAUCAUGUGAUUCUGGUUCCUACCCACUGAUCCUGGAUGGUGGUUCUGAUCCGGUCUAUCAUGUGAUUCUGGUUCCUACCCACUGAUCCUGGAUGGUGGUUCUGAUCCGGUCCAUCAUGUGAUUCUGGUUCCUACCCACUGAUCCUGGAUGGUGGUUCUGAUCCGGUCUAUCAUGUGAUUCUGGUUCCUACCCACUGAUCCUGGAUGGUGGUUCUGAUCCGGUCUAUCAUGUUAUUCUGGUUCUACCCACUGAUCCUGGAUGGUGGUUCUGAUCCGGUCCAUCAUGUGAUUCUGGUUCCGACCCGCUGAUCCUGGAUGGUGGUUCUGAUCCGGUCCAUCAUGUGAUUCUGGUUCCUACCCACUGAUCCUGGAUGGUGGUUCUGAUCCGGUCCAUCAUGUGAUUCUGGUUCCGACCCGCUGAUCCUGGAUGGUGGUUCUGAUCCGGUCCAUCAUGUGAUUCUGGUUCCGACCCGCUGAUCCUGGAUGGUGGUUCUGAUCCGGUCCAUCAUGUGAUUCUGGUUCCUACCCAUUGAUCCUGGAUGGUGGUUCUGAUCCGGUCCAUCAUGUGAUUCUGGUUCCUACCCAUUGAUCCUGGAUGGUGGUUCUGAUCCGGUCCAUCAUGUGAUUCUGGUUCCGACCCGCUGAUCCUGGAUGGUGGUUCUGAUCCGGUCCAUCAUGUGAUUCUGGUUCCUACCCACUGAUCCUGGAUGGUGGUUCUGAUCCGGUCCAUCAUGUGAUUCUGGUUCCGACCCGCUGAUCCUGGAUGGUGGUUCUGAUCCGGUCCAUCAUGUGAUUCUGGUUCCUACCCACUGAUCCUGGAUGGUGGUUCUGAUCCGGUCUAUCGUGUGAUUCUGGUUCCUACCCACUGAUCCUGGAUGGUGGUUCUGAUCCGGUCCAUCAUGUGAUUCUGGUUCCUACCCACUAAUCCUGGAUGGUGGUUCUGAUGUUUCUGCUUCCUGUUAGAUCCCAGUCUGAACUGGACCCUCUGAUCCAGAACCUUCCCCCAGUGGUUCUGUGAGGGUUCUGGUUCUGGUGGACCAGCUGCUGUUCCUAUAAUCAUCUUCAUCAAUGAUCUCAGAUCUUCUUCUCCUCUGAUUUAAUCUUUAUUUGAUGUUUGAACCCAAAUAAACUGUUUCAACCACCAGAA